AUGACCUCCGAGCAGGAACGCAACACUCGCAUCAUGGCUUGUGACAUCCAACGAUUUUAUGAAUGCGUCCAACGAGAAAAACAUGUCUUCCGCCGCUGGUUCUCUCAUUAUGAGAUCAACUUGGCCAAGUUCCUUGAACCUCAUUGCACUUUGUUCAAGGACGAACGCAACUGGCCUGAGGCCUGGUUUGACAAGGAGCGAGAACUCAUCGACGAUCUCAAAACCUUUCGACACAUGGCGAAGCAGCUCUUGCAGCAGUGGACACGAGAUGUAGCGGCUCAGAUCCUCAGUGUCCGAAACACUGCCCUCAACAAACUCUUCACUGCUGAGGAUGUCUCUCUCGCGGCCAAGCUUGAGCCUAACCCGCUUGACGGCAAGGUUGGUCCCCUGGACUGGACACAGAGUGAAAUGUCUUUUGACAAGACGCUGUCCAAGUUCCGAUUCCUUGCGAACGACAUGUUGCAGGAGAUGAAAGGUGGACCAACCAUGGAACGACCUGGUCAUCCCUGGACCCGAAUGGAGGGUUUUGAUGUGUUGAACUUUAUGAUCAAGGAUGCGGAAGAGCCUAAGUAUGAGGAUGAUGAGGAAGAUAUGUUCGAGGAUGAGAUUGUCCCAUUCUAUGGGUUCUACUAG